AUAUCUUCCAUCUUCACUUCAUUUCUUCUCUCCGACCCCCCACCUACUACAUUUUCUCGUACUCCAAACAACACCAAGUUUCCAAGCUUAUCCGUCAACAAGAAUCCAAACUCCGAUGCCUUCUUCUUCUUCCUUUCUGUUUCUCUUCCUCUGUUUUUUCUUCUUACCUUCCGCACCUUCCGACCCGAGAGCCCAGCGAGCCGCGCUGCUGUGCACGAACCGCACCGUUUUAUCCCUCUCCCGGCGCCAAGUCUUCGUCGCGAACUUCCUGGCCGCGAUGGACGCGCUGACCCCUCUCACCACCUCGCACGGCCACGGCGCCGUCUUUAACGGCUCCCAAAACGCCACCGUUUUCGCUUUCGGCGAGUGCAUGAGGGACCUCUCGCAGAACGACUGCAACCUGUGCCUGGCGCAGUGCAAGACGCAGCUCCUCGCCUGCCUCCCCUUCCAGAGAGGCACACGUGGCGGCCGCUUGUUCUUCGAUGGCUGCUACCUCAGGUACGAUGACUACAACUUCUUCGGCGAAACUCGAAGCGACCAAGACACCACCGUGUGUGGAAAUAAUAGUAGUAACAACAAUUCUAACAGUGCUGCAAAUAGUGCUACUAACAGUAGUAGCGGUGUUUAUAAGGCAAAUGCUAUGGCCUUGGUUCGGAACCUGAGUGGGUUGGCGCCGAAGAACGAUGGUUUUUUCGUUGGGUCGGUGGAGAGAAAGAACGUGAGUGUCUAUGGAUUGGCUCAGUGCUGGGAGUUUGUGAAUGGCAGUGCUUGUGAGAGAUGUUUAGCGGAUGCUGUCACGAGGAUUGGUUCGUGUUCGACGCAAGAAGCGAGGGCGUUGAGUGCUGGUUGUUACUUGAGGUACUCUUCUCAGAAGUUUUAUAACAAUUCUAGCGAUGUUGUAACCGCUGGAAAACAUGGAAAACGUACUCUAGUUAAAAUUCUGGCUGCGUCUUCUGCUGCCCUGGCUCUUCUGCUAGUUGUUGUGACAGUUGUUUUCUUUACAAGGAAGAAUGUGGUGACAAGGAGAAGAGAAAGAAGACAGUUUGGCGCUCUUCUAGCCACAGUGAAUAAGUCCAAGCUAAAUAUGCCUUACGAGGUUCUUGAAAAAGCAACAAAUUACUUCAAUGAGGCCAACAAGCUUGGACAAGGGGGAUCAGGUUCUGUUUAUAAAGGAGUUAUGCCAGAUGGAAAUACUGUUGCCAUAAAAAGGCUUAGCUAUAACACAACACAAUGGGCAGAGCAUUUCUUCACUGAGGUCAAUUUGAUCAGUGGCAUUCAUCACAAAAAUCUAGUGAAACUUUUAGGGUGCAGCAUUACAGGACCUGAAAGCCUUCUUGUUUAUGAAUAUGUGCCUAACCAGAGCCUCCAUGAUCACUUUUCUGUUAGAAGGACUUCUCAACCGCUGACUUGGGAAAUGAGGCAGAAAAUUAUAUUAGGAAUUGCAGAGGGCAUGGCCUACCUUCAUGAGGAAUCUCAUGUGAGAAUCAUUCAUAGAGACAUAAAAUUAAGCAACAUUCUGCUUGAGGAGGACUUCACACCCAAGAUUGCUGAUUUUGGACUUGCUAGAUUAUUUCCAGAAGACAAGUCUCACAUUAGCACAGCCAUUGCUGGCACACUGGGGUAUAUGGCUCCGGAGUAUAUUGUUCGUGGGAAGUUGACUGAGAAAGCAGAUGUUUACAGUUUUGGAGUUCUUGUUAUUGAAAUAGUUUCUGGCAAGAAAAUCAGUUCCUAUAUUAUGAAUUCAUCCUCUCUCCUACAAACGGUUUGGAGCCUCUAUGGAUCAAAUAGGCUAUAUGAAGUCGUUGAUCCGACCCUAGAGGGUGCUUUUCCUGCAGAGGAAGCAUGCCAACUGCUUCAGAUAGGGUUGCUUUGUGCACAAGCAUCUGCAGAGUUGAGACCAUCAAUGUCAGUAGUAGUUAAAAUGGUUAAUAACAAUCACGAAAUUCCUCAGCCAGCACAACCGCCUUUCAUCAAUUCCAGUAGUUCAGAAUUCAGCAAAUCUGGUUUACCUGGAUAUAAUUUUCAGCCUGGAUCCAACACUCAGUCUUCAGGGAACACCAUAAGUGAAAGUCAGAUUGAGCCUAGAUAAGUUACACUGCACAACCUUUCUCCUGGACCAUUUUUAUGUGCUCACAAUCCCCAAUUACCCUUGUAAAAGCUGUUGGCAUUCUUGCUUUCUUGUAAAAGUGUGGUUUCAGUUAUCAGCAUGGCAUUGCCCUUGUACAUCUCUGAAUUGAAAGGGGAGUGGCAUAACCCCAUAUGAACCUCUGCCAACAGCUACCACCCAUUGCUUUGUGUAUAGAUUACAGUUUCACAAAAAGCUGCAAGGUAAAAAAGUUAAAUUUUGCCGAAAACUUGUACAUUACAUUAUCACACAGGUCACCUAGAAAAGAAUCAAUAAGCUGAUUAUACUAUAUGCUUUUUAACAGUUUGAGUUCUCUACUAACACCUGAUUGAGUUUUCUACCAGGCACCUAGAACGAAAGGUGCAAGGAUUCCAAGAAUUUUACUUGUAACCACCAGUGAUUAUUCAUUUACAUUUUAUUCUUUUAUGUAACAUUAAUUUAUUUUAAGUUCCUUAUUUUAUUGUUAACUACUGUUUUGUCUAAAGAAAACUUUCUAACUC